CACCAACAUGCAACUACCCCGUCGCGUCCCUUGGACUUCGAUCGCAGAACUGGACCAGAUUUGCACUUGGAUAUACGAAGAUGAGAACGAUCUGGGCCCGAAAAUACUUGCUGUCAACAAGCUGACAGCAUGGAAAGCGGUCACUGCUUUGCCUCAUGCGAUGGAAUCUACUCUUGCAUUCUUGGUUGUUGUCUUGGAUGAUUCUGUGCCAAGUAAAGCGGCUUUCUCGUUGUCUCUGCGGCAAAAUUAUGCGGCAGCAAUCAUUCGCCUCGUCAAUGGUUUGGUGGAUCCUUUACAACUCGGAGUCUACGCGAGAUCUAUAGCGUCAAUAUCCCAUCAACUAGGUCUGCCAUUAUGGCUUGUUGAACUUCGGCAUGCUUCUACACAUGAAGAUCUACCUUCUCUUGAAUUACUGAGAGAGGGCGCUCGACAGUCCAUGACAUGGCUCUUGCAAAACUAUUGGUUACCCACAAUAAAUCCCUAUAUUGCACCCGUACCGCAGACCACCCUACGCUCCAUAGUCCCGACUUUGAAGGAGUAUAAAGCUUUACUCAAAGAGACCAUACGUGACGAAUCAUUGAGGAGUCGCCACAAACUUGCUAUCGCAAAUGCCAUUAAAGAUGUUGAGAGAUGGAUCGCCGAAGCCAAGGUAGCACUAAAUGUUUCCACUGGUGAUUUAGGGUGGGAGAAUGUGACGGCUGUUGACCAAGAUGCUAAAGAGCGAUAUGUGCUGGAGAGGCUAUCCGAUGAGCUGUUGGCAAAGGGCAUCCUGGUUCCACUAUCAAAAAAGAAGCGCACAUUUCCUUCAGACUCGUUUCUUCCACCUGAAUUUUCAGUCCAGUUGUGGAAACCUCUUCUAUUGCAUUUGCAGACGACGCAUCCCAAUUUUGCAAGUGUCCUUGUCCAUCGGAUUUUGUCCUGUCUCUUGUCCGAAUCGGAUAGCGCUUCCGCUGGCUCGACAAACUCUUCAUUUGACGCGUGCCUUGCUCGUUGGGCAAAGUGGGCAAUUGAUACCUGGGACAGCGAUGAUUCUGACAUGGAGGUGAGUAUAAGGAAAGAAGCGGCCGUGUCAUUGAUUACAGUGCUCGGACCUGGACUAUCUUUCGCCAGAAAGAAUGCGUAAAGUUUUCUUCCAGUAUCUAAGCGUGAUCAUGUACUGACCAAAAUCAAGACCUUCUGAACUUUUGCAAGUUCUCUGUGAUAACGAAGAUUUGG